GGCGGCGGCGGCGGCGGCGGCCGCCGGCGGCGGGAGGCGGAGGAGGAUGAGGCUGCGGAUCUACAAGCGCAAGGUGCUGCUGCUGGCGCUGGCGCUGGCGGCCUGCGCGCUGGUGCUGUGGAGCGGCGGGCGGCGGAGGCAGCAGCGGGGCGGCACCGGGGAACCGCCGCGGGCGAGCGAGCCGCCGCCGCCUCCUCCUCCGCCGCCGCCGCGCCGCCCCGCCGCCAACGCCUCGGCCUCGGCCGCCGCCGUCCCCCAGCUCGUGCCGCUGCCCGCCGAGAACGGGACGCGGAGCUACCGCUCGCUCGUCUACCGGCUCAACUUCGACCAGCCGCUGAGCAACGCGGGGCGCUUCCCGGCCCGGGCCCCCGGUGGCGGUGCCGGUGCCGCCGACGUGGUGCUGGUGGUGCAGGUGCACGAUCGCGCCGAGCACCUGCGGCUGCUGCUCGAGUCGCUGCGGCGGGCGGCGGGCGUGGAGAACGUGCUGCUGGUGCUGAGCCACGACCUGUGGGCCGAGGAGCUGAACCGGCUGGCGGCCGGCGUGGACUUCUGCCCGGUGCUGCAGGUCUUCUUCCCCUUCAGCAUCCAGCUCUACCCCCGCGAGUUCCCCGGGCACGACCCCCGCGACUGCCCCCGCGACGUGGGCAAGGCGGCGGCCCUGCGGCUGGGCUGCAUCAACGCCGAGUACCCCGACUCCUUCGGGCACUACCGCGAGGCCCGCUUCUCGCAGACCAAGCACCACUGGUGGUGGAAGCUGCACUUCGUCUGGGAGCGGGUGCGGGCGCUGCGCGAGCACGCCGGGCCCGUCGUCUUCCUGGAGGAGGACCACUACCUGGCGCCCGACUUCUACCACGUCCUCAAAAAGCUGUGGGCGCUGCGCGAGCGCGAGUGCCCCGAGUGCCAGAUCGUCUCGCUGGGCACCUACAGCCCCGUGCGCGGCGGCUUCGCCGGCCGCGCCGACAAGGUGGAGAUGAAGACGUGGAAGUCCACCGAGCACAACAUGGGCAUGGCCUUCGGCAGAGACACCUACCAGAAGCUCAUCGAGUGCACGGACGCCUUCUGCACCUACGAUGACUACAACUGGGACUGGACUCUGCAGCACUUGACUGUCUCCUGUCUUCCAAAGUUCUGGAAAGUGCUGGUCCCCGAAAUCCCCAGGAUUUUCCACACGGGGGACUGUGGCAUGCACCACAAGAAAUCCUGCAGACCGUCCACCCAGAGUGCCAAAAUCGACUCUCUCUUGAACAGCAACCGACAGUACCUGUUUCCCGAAGCCAUGAGUAUCAGUAAAAGGUACUCCAUGGCACCCCUGUCCCCCCACGUGAAAAACGGAGGCUGGGGGGACAUUCGGGACCACGAACUCUGUAAGAGUUACCGCAGACUUCAGUGAGGAUCGCGCUCGCAGCCUUUUUCUUUCUGAAUUGCUCCAUACUGUCUUUUACAGGCACACACAUGUAUAAAAGCAUUUAUGGGUUGGUUUCUGCUUUAAUAUGAAUAAACGUUCUUGUAAAAGGCG